AAUCAAAACCAGGAAGAAUCCCUAAAUCAGAACCGCCGCUUUUCUUCUCAUCUUCUGUCGCCGCUUUUUCUCCGGCCAACGCUAUCAACAAUGAUUGCUGCAAUCUCCUGGGUUCCGAAAGGAUUCGCUAAUUCAGUACCCACCGCAGCAGACCCUCCUUCCAAAGAAGAAAUCGAAGAGAUGGUAAAGAGUGGCCUUUUGGAUACUCGCGAAGGGAGUGAAUAUGAUGAGGAUAUGAGUGAGGAUGAGCUCGGUCAAGAUGAUGAUCUUUCUAAUGCAUUAUCUGCUGCUAAUGCACUUGGAAAAGCUAUCAAGACUGGAAACCCGGAGGCCGACAGCUUGACAGAAGCACUGAAGGAGCUAGACAUGGAUAAUUAUGAUGAAGAAGAUGAUGGUGCUGAGCUGUUUGGAUCUUCCAACUUAUACUAUGCAAGUAACAAAAUGGACCCUUAUUUGAAGGAUGGUGAUGAAGACUCUGAAGAGGAAGAGGAUAUGACCAUAAAACCAGAGGAUGGUAUCAUAGUGUGUGCCAGGAAUGAGGAUGAUGUCAGCCAUCUCGAGGUUUGGAUAUUGGAAGACCCUUCAGAUGUUAAUUCAAACAUGUAUGUACACCAUGAUGUUGUCAUUCCAGCGUUUCCCCUUUGCACAGCUUGGCUUGAUUGUCCCAUCAAAGGUGGAGAAAAAGGAAACUUCAUUGCGGUUGGGUCAAUGGAACCAGCUAUUGAGAUAUGGGACCUUGAUAUAAUGGAUGAAGUCCAGCCAUCUGCUACAUUAGGUGGCGUUGCGGAAAAGAAGAAAAAAGGAAAGAAGAAAUCUAUUAAAUAUAAGGAUGGCAGCCACACAGAUUCAGUUCUUGGACUUGCUUGGAACAAGGAGUAUAGGAAUAUUCUUGCAAGUGCAAGUGCAGACAAAUUGGUUAAAAUCUGGGAUGUGGCAACUGAAACUUGUAACCUGACUUUGGAUCACCAUACAGACAAGGUUCAAUCAGUUGCGUGGAAUCAUUUUGCACCGCAAGUUCUUCUCAGUGGAUCUUUUGAUCACACUGUGGUUAUGAAAGAUGGCCGGCAACCUGAACAUAGUGGAUUUAAGUGGUCUGUAGCUGCUGAUGUUGAGAGUGUGGCAUGGGAUCCACACACAGAGUACUCAUUUGUGGUCAGUCUGGAAAAUGGCAUGGUUUCUGGCUUUGAUAUCCGUAAUGCUAGCUCUGAUCCGUCAUCUCAGCCCAAGCCACGUUUCACUCUCCAUGCGCAUGACAAAGCAGUUUGUGCAAUCACAUAUAAUAGCUUAGUUCCAAAUCUUCUUGCUACUGGCUCAAUGGAUAAGAUGGUUAAGCUCUGGGAUUUGUCAAGCGAGCCGUCAUGUAUUGCUUCCAACAAUCCGAAAGCUGGUGCCGUGUUUUCCAUUUCAUUCUCUGUAGAUUGUCCUUUUACACUGGCCGUUGGAGGUUCUAAGGGAAAAUUGCAGAUGUGGGAUAUAUUAUCUGAUGCUGAGGUUUCUAGAAGAUAUGGGAAAUAUGCGGCCCGAUCCAAGCCUCCCCCUCCGAGCUCUUGAAACAUAAAUUGGAACUUGAUCGAUAUCAACAAAUGUGAUGAUUUAUGUGCAGAUUGAGGGUUGAUGUGAUUAGAAACGCAGGGUGAAAUUUUGCAAGGCUAGGGAAAUGUGUGAGCUUCUAACUCGCAACGGCAUAAAAUGCUCUUACGACACACAGGUGCACCGUUUUUUGAGAUCUCCUACUGCUAGAAAAUAGUUCGCAUAGCAUGAAGUUUUGUUAGUUGUUUAGGAUGGUGUUGGUUGAACUGUUUGACAAAGAUUGCUUGAGAAUGAUUAUCUGUGUAAUAUCUUGGAAAAAUGACUACUAAACUCAUGUUUCUUGGAUUAUGCACAAAAGAGAGAUGGAGUUAGGAUAUUCCAUCUCUUCUUUAUUUAUGUUUUUUA